CCCAGCAGUGCGCCUACCUGUGCCCAGCAGUGCACCCAUCUGUGCCUAGCAGUGCGCCCACCUGUGCCCAGCAGUGCACCCCCUCCUGUGCCCAACAGUGCACCCACCUGUGCCGCUAAGCAGUGCCACACACCUGUGCUUAGAAGUGCCACCUACCUGAGCCCAGCAGUGCCACCCACCUGUACCCACCCACAUGUGCCCACCAGUGCCACCCACCUGUGCCCACCAUCAGUGCCACCUAUCAGUGCUGUCUAUCAGUGCCGCCUAUCCAUGACACCUCAUUAGUGCUGCCUAUCAGUGCCCAUCAGUGCCACCUAUUAGUGCCCAUCAGUG